AUAUUUAAGCAUGUCCAUAUGUCAAAUAGCUGCUGAUUACUGAAGCAUGCAGGAUUGCUGGAGCACUUGAUCAACAGAAUGACAGCCUAUAUUUAAGUAUUAAAGUGAUAGAUAGAUAGAUAGAUAGAUAGAUAGAUAGAUGAACAGGGGCGGUUCAAAUAUUAUAAUGUGGCAAUACUCGUUCUGACGUGACGUGUACUUCCUUGAAGGGUGGUGCGGUACUUUCAGGAAACAAUUGUUAAAGUAAACAGCGAGCGUAUCAUCAAGCUGGACAACUUGCCGAAGCGCUGACAAAUAAAGAGGGGCCAGAGUGUCACGAACGCGGACAUGGAGACGAGUGCUUACGGUGCAUCGCUGGCCGGUGGAGCCUUUGACUUCUGGAGCUUUCUAAAGCGACCGCAGACUAUCGCCAGGCUGUUCAGUUGGCUCUUCGCCAUAGUGGUGUUUGCCACCAUAGUUUCUGAAGGCUACAUGAAUGAACAGCAUGAAGACAUCACUAAAUGCAUGUUCAAUCAGAAUGAAAGUGCUUGCAGCUAUGGAAUUGGUGUUGGGAUUUUAGCUUUCCUGGCCUGUGUUGUCUUCAUUGUGCUGGAUGCCUACUUCCCCCAGAUCAGCAAUGCCAACGAAAGGAAAUACAUUGUGUUGGGUGAUCUUUGUUUCUCUGGUGUGUGGACGUUCCUGUGGUUUGUGUGUUUCUGCGUCCUAGCCAAUCAGUGGUCUCACACUACUCAAUCAACCGUCCUAGCUGAUGCAGCUCGAGCUGUGGUGGCCUUUUCCUUCUUCUCCACUGCCACCUGGGCCCUUCUUACCGUGUUCGCAUUACGACGAUACCGCCAAGGGAUGGACGAGGUUGGCCUAGGCUACAAUGAUCCAUCCAGUGACCACACUUCCCCGUACCCUUCAGCAUAUACUGGUGCUCCAGAGGGUUACCAGCAGUCCCCAUUCACCGCCAGUCCUACGGGACAGGGAGGGUAUCAGCCUCCCGCAUACUGAGGGUGAAGGCAUUUUAACGCUUCUGAGAGGCUCACCUGUGUUGACUGUUUCAUACGCUCCACUUUUUCCUUUUCCAUAAGAGUUGAAAUUGUGAGCUGGGAUUGGUGUGCUUCGCUGGUAUGUUUUUUCAUGUCUGAAAAAAAAAAAAAAAAGUUAUUUAUUUUUAUUUUCUUCGGAUGCAAAUUCUACACAUAACCCUAAGUGUAAAAGUUCCUCGCACAUCUGCAGAAUUAUCUCGCUAAUUUCUCCAAAUUAGAUUCUGAAAACCAGAUUCAACACCAGCUGCAGUUUUUACAUUUAUGAAACGGAUGGAAUUUACUUUAUUCCAUGUCUUGAAUGCACAAUCACAUAAUGUAGGAAAGUCUAUAGAACUGACGUGCCUUAAAAGUAGAAUCGAAAACAAAAUUCCUCAUAUGCAGACAAUAGAAAUUGAACAGACUCUCUGUGCCAAAUACAUUACCACAAUUGAGUAAUUCUUUAUAAGCAUUGCAUUGCCAUAUAUCACAUUUUUGGAAAGUAUGCACUAAAUCUAUUGCCAAAUGGCUUUAUUAACUGCUAACUUCAGUUUUGUUGAGGCUAGAGUGAGGUGGGAAAUGAACUACUGUAAACGUGCUUUAAUUUCAUUUGUGACAGACAAUAGGCUUUGUGUGAAUAAUAAGCCUUAUUUUUGUAAACUUUAAGCACCUGAGUUUUGAAGUGGUAAACAAUCAUAUAAUGUAAUGUUGUUGGUGUUCUUUUAUGUCAGGCCAAAUUCACUGCAAGAUUUCUACCUCUUACUAUUGAAAUUGUGCCUUAUUUUGAAAUUAAUAUCUAGGAAUUGAAAUUAAUUUCAAUGAAUUUCUAUUAAUGUAUUUCUGUUUUGACUAUUUUAGACCACUUUUACUGUUUUCUUCAUUUCCCUAACAUGAAAAAAAAGAGAAAAAACUAGAAUAAAUAUGAAUCUAAGUUGGCCACUAAAUAGAAACUCUUUUCAAUAUGGUCGUGUUUUGUUGAAGGUAGGGGAAUCUCUUUUACACAGUUCUGUUAUAGCACAUAAUCGUUGUGUCUUUCUGAUCAUUUACUUUGCAACAUUUUUUGUAACAGUAUUGCAACAUUCUCGUUUUUGUAAGGAAAUGCUGCACAAUAAACACUUGAUUCUUUCCAAUGUUAACAGAUAUCAAAGACUUGUUGAUUCCUUUUUGAAAUCUAAUGAUUAGUUCACAUUUACAUAAUUUACUCCCCUCAUAAUUUAAAACCCUCGUGCCAUUACGAACUAUUUAGAUUGUCUUUCUACUGCAAAACACACACACACUCACAAACACAAAGAUAAAUUGAUGUUUUUUCUCUGAAUGUUUGAACAUGUAUAAUUCGAAGAAAGUCAAUGGGGUACAAUGUUCUUCACAUUCAGAAUGAUCAUCUUUUUUUUGUAUGUUUUGUAUGCAGAAGAAAGCAGGUGAGCGUGAUU